AUGGGAAUCCACAAUCUGUUCCAAUCGCCGUUUCAUUUCGAAUUCUAUCUCGGUGCCCUUGUGCUCAAUGAGUUUUUCGAGCACUACCUCAACAUCAGACAGCUCCGCGUGAUCAGCAAGGAGCUGCGCCUCGCACGCGAUCCCAACCGCAAGGGCGAAUCGGACGACAGCUCGGACGAAAUCCGCCAAAAGGCUCACAAGCACGUGGAUGUGUAUCUGCUUUCGGAAGAUUACCACAAGACCGUGGAAUAUGCCCGUGACAAGCUGGUCUUCCAGAUAAUCAGCUCGGUUAUACAAACGGUUGUUUCCCUGACACUUUUGUUUACGUUUUUCGGUCCUAAACUAUGGCGUUUUUCCGGCAGUCUGCUCAGGACACCUUCAGAGACAUACCAGUCCCUGAUUUUCUGCGGCAUUAAACUGCUCAUUGACACUGCUUUGGAUAUCCCCUUCGGCCUCUACGCCGACUUCGUCUUGGAAGAGAAGCACGGUUUCAACAAGAAGACGUUGAGGCUGUUCGUCAAGGAUCUCGCCAUCUCACUGCUCCUGCAGUGCGUGAUCGGCGCUCCUGUGCUCAGCAUCGUAAUAUUCCUGGUGAACUGGGGUGGCGAUUUGUUCUAUGUCUACGUCUGCCUCUUCGCGGCGUUCUUCUACCUGUUCAUGAUGAUCAUCUACCCUGAUCUGAUUGCCCCGCUGUUCAACAAAUUUGAGCCCCUGAAGGACGAGGAACUUAAGAAGGGCAUUGAGGAUCUUGCCGGGAAACUUAAGUUCCCGCUGCGUGAGAUUAAGCUGAUGGACGGCUCCAAGCGUUCCAACCACUCCAACAUGUACUUCUACGGACUGUGGUGGUUCAAGAAGAUCGUGAUGUACGACACGCUCCUCAAGCAGCCGAAGUCGCAGAUUAUCGCCAUUACCUCCCACGAGAUGGGCCACUGGAAGUGCAACCAUGUCACAAAGAUGUUGAUAUACAGCCUCUCGCAACUGUUUGCCAUCUUCUACCUGUUCAAGCUCUACAAGGACGACGCUUCCAUGUUCGAAAGCUUCGGGUAUGACGGUGAACGUGCUUUCAUCGUGGGAAUUACCCUUUUCGGUUGCAUUUACACCCCUCUUGGAGCGUUGAUGCACAUUAUCGGUACGACCAUCACGCGCUACGGGGAGUACCAGGCUGACAAUUUCGCCGUCAAGAUGGGCCACGGCGAGGAGCUGGCCAAGGCUCUUGUCGAAAUUCACCACAACAACAAGUCCAUGAUCCACCACGACCCGCUUUACUCGUGGUACCACUUCACGCACCCCCUGUUGCAAAGGCUGAACUCCGUUGGCGUCGAUGGUGUAGCCGCGGCGGUCCGUCGUUGCGUUCGUGAAGGCCUGACCGGGAAGGAGGAGCUUGCACAUAUUGCCGCAGUCGUUCAUCGGCACCUUCCUAAUUUGGACGCUUCUGCUACCACAAGCGUGCUUGCUAGCCUAUCUAAGGCCCACUAUCGCAACUUCCAACUUUUUUCGGCCCUUGUAUCGCGUCUCGACCAUCUACCAUCACUCCAGCUGAAGGACGCUUGCUCGGCGAUACGCUCCUUUUCGCGCAUCCACUUCACCAACACCGCGGUUGUGUCACGUUGCGCUGACAUAGUGAAGAACAACAUCGAUCAAAUACGGCCAUUGGAUGCCUGUGAGCUGUUGCAUGCCCUCACCAGAUUGCGCCACUGCGACGAAGAGCUGCUGGGACUUUUGGUGUCGAGAUCCGUUGCAGAUAUAUCCAGCUUCGACGAUAUCGCACUUGCAAACUUUGCAACAGGAGCUGCCAAAGCUGGCGUCGACGCCUCUACGGUGGCUGUGAUUUGUCGGGAACUGCAUUCACGAUCCGGGACGCUCGGACCUCUUGAGGCAGUUAGGUCGUUGCUGGCACUGGCUCGCUUGGGGUCACAUCCUGACACAGUGAAAACCGCCGAUAUUGUUCUGAAGGGUCUGAACUGUUCUCGGCUCUCUCUUAUACAGCUGGUUUUGGCGUUAGAGGCGGUGUCGCAGCUAGGUUGCAUGGAUGCUGAAAGGAUACGCACCGCUCUCGUGGCCAAACGUGAUGCUUACCCUCGACUGCCGCACGAUGUAGGUUUGCAUAUAUGCGUUCCUAUCUUCUUGCAGCUUGCAACUCGCAUCGAAUCAGCGCUAGCGUUGUCGACUGAGGAGCAGGCGCCAGACUCCACUACCGCCAGUCCAGAGGCCACUCUGUAA